UUUUUGGCACGUCAGCCUUUGGUCAUCAAGUAGCAAAACCCAAAAGAAGAACAGCAAGAUAUCUUACUCUGGCCACAAGUGUCUGCUUGGGACACAGCUUCUGCCCUCUCUGGUCUCCUUUCCCCGAGGGGCUGUGGGACCUUUGGGAUUCUUGUCAAGCUCAUUAGAGGGCCCACAAGGACCUAACGGCCAGCCUUGUGCCAGGAGAUGUAGAGAGCCCUCGGAGUCAGCCUCGCAGAGCUGAGCAUGACUCGGGACGAGGCGCUGCCCGACUCCCACUCGGCACAGGGCUUCUACGAGAAUUAUGAGCCCAAGGAGAUCCUGGGCAGGGGCGUUAGCAGUGUGGUCAGGCGCUGCAUCCACAAGCCCACGUGCCAGGAAUAUGCCGUGAAGAUCAUUGACGUCACCGGUGGAGGCAGCUUCAGCUCCGAAGAGGCACGGGAGCUUCGGGAGGCCACACUGAAGGAGGUGGACAUCCUGCGCAAGGUCUCAGGGCACCCCAACAUCAUACAGCUGAAGGACACUUAUGAGACCAACACUUUCUUCUUCUUGGUGUUUGACCUGAUGAAGAGAGGGGAGCUCUUUGACUACCUCACUGAGAAGGUCACCCUGAGCGAGAAGGAGACCAGGAAGAUCAUGAGGGCCUUGCUAGAGGUGAUCUGCAGCCUGCACAGGCUCAACAUCGUGCAUCGCGAUCUGAAGCCCGAGAACAUCCUCCUGGACGACGACAUGAACAUCAAGCUCACAGACUUUGGCUUUUCCUGCCAGCUGGAGCCAGGAGAGAAGCUGAAAGAGGUCUGUGGGACCCCCAGUUAUCUGGCCCCCGAGAUCAUCGAGUGUUCCAUGAACGACGACCAUCCAGGCUAUGGGAAGGAGGUGGACAUGUGGAGCACGGGUGUCAUCAUGUACACGCUGCUGGCCGGCUCCCCGCCCUUCUGGCACCGGAAGCAGAUGUUGAUGCUGAGGAUGAUUAUGAGUGGCAACUAUCAGUUUGGCUCACCGGAGUGGGACGAUUACUCGGACACCGUGAAGGACUUGAUCUCUCGCUUCUUGGUGGUGCAGCCCCAGAGCCGCUGCACGGCGGAAGAGGCCUUGGCACAUCCCUUCUUCCAGCAGUACGUGGUGGAAGAAGUGCGUCACUUCAGCCCCCGGGGGAAGUUCAAGGUGAUCGCUGUAACAGUGCUCGCUUCAGUGCGGAUCUACUACCAGUACCGCCGGGUGAAGCCAGUGACAAGGGAGAUCGUCAUCCGGGACCCCUACGCCCUCCGGCCUCUGCGCCGCCUCAUUGAUGCCUAUGCCUUCCGCAUCUACGGCCACUGGGUGAAGAAGGGGCAGCAGCAGAACCGGGCUGCCCUCUUUGAGAACACACCCAAGGCCGUGCUCCUCUCCCUGGUUGAGGAGGACUUCUGAGGGGCUGGCAGAUGGGGUAGGGUUUGGGGGGGCAGGUAGGGAGGGGAAGCUACAGAAAUACAAGUCAAAGGAGCGAGAUCACGUGCAGGCCUCUGUGCAGUAAGAGCACCACCUGGCUGGGGUCAGGAACCCCUGGGGUGGAGGCCAUGAUCCCUCUCCAAGGCUCCGCACACAAGGAGAGGGUGUUCCCACCACACAGCAAUGACCGGGCCAGGCCCCAGUGGUGGGGAGGGAGACUAGAUGUGGCCCAAGAACCAGGAACUCUCCUGCUUUUCCACGUCCCAGUUGUGCCACCUCAGUUUCUGCUUAUGGGAGGCCCCGAGUUCCUGACACUCGGGGGCCUCUUCCCUUCAGGUCCGGGGGUGAGGAGAAAAGAUACAGAAAUAUGAGAUAUACAAUCAGAGACUUUACUAACCGGACAACAUCCAGUGAUGCCACGUGAGCAGAUUACUCUCCAGGGACAUGCUUUUAGAGGCAUAUACAUACUUACAGCCCUUAUGUAACUAGCAAUACAAGGGGAAGCUUCUGAUGA